UAUUCAGGUUUAAGGAUUUCUUAUGUAGACAGGGCCACCCACUACGAUGUCUUGCAUCACAAGACACCAAAUCAUGGUAGCACUAAAGAUACUUGCCCUAGCCGCUCUGAUUGUUGUCAACAUGGCCAUAUUUAACGGAAACAUCAGGUUUCCCUCCGACCUAAUGGCAGGUAAUGCUGUUGAGGCGUCAACAGAGGAACCCACUGCUACUGUCAUUCCUACUGCUACUGCAGCUAACCAUGUCGAGCACGUUAUACAACUGAGGUUUGAAAAGAGAUCUGACAACGUCAGGAGGAUUUGUGAUGUUCCGGAAAAUCAAGCAGCAACGGUUACCAAACCGCAGGAACUGUUUGAUGUUCCGUCCAUCGGGUUGUUGUGGUGUCCGACUUUCAAAGCAGGAAGUUCCAACUGGUUGGACCUCUUCUGCAAAGCAAACUUCAACCACCACAUCUAUGAGGAUUGUGACAUAUCAACAAUGAGAAAGAACAACCCCACUACACGAUACCUCUCAGCGGAGCCUGAUGAGUUUCACUAUAACAAGGUAAUGAAGGAAGAGCUGGGAUUACCCUUUAUGACGGUAAGAAAUCCCCUAGCUAGAUUCCUAAGUGCGUACAGAGACAAGUGGGAAUUGGGUGUGUGGUAUCCUUUCUACAGGAAGAGACAAGGAGAGGAGAUAGUAAAGAAGUACAGGAGUGUCAGCCACCAGGUAACUGAUGUUGAGAAGGAAGCCUUGCUAAUGGCUGCUAGGAAAGUGAUACAAGAUCACCAACAAAUGAAUCUCCUACCAGAAGACGUACAUAACAACCCUUAUUUAAACCCACCUGGUCCUACUUUUAGAGAGUUUGUCAAAUGGGCUGUGAACGGAGGGAUGGAUCCCCACAUAAUGCCGUACUAUCAGAGCUGUGCGCCGUGUUCCAUCGAUUAUAACAUUCUCCGGUUGGAGAAGUUGAACGAAGAGAGUGGCUACCUGUUUAGUGUGAUAGAGCGGUCUUAUCUAAACCUGGAUUUCAGGAUGUCUCUCAAUGUGCACGGUAAGACAGAUGAGUGUCUCCACAGGUACUACCAGACCAUCCCCAGACAUGAUCUUCAGGCUCUGUACAACCAGUUCUUCAAGGAAGACUGUGAGCUCUACUCCUAUCCGUGCAAGGAAACCAUGAAUGAGAUUCUCUCUUUAGGCAGAAUAACAAAGGAAAUCGUCAAGUGUUAGCUCUGCAAAGAAAGCUUGACUUGAGAUAUAGGUUACGGUAAUCGUAACGGACUGUUGAAAUUAAGGAGGGACUUAAUAAUUUGAGCUUGAAUUUCUUUUAUACAUUAAUUUCAAUCUAACGAUUUAUAAAACAGGUUUUUAUUCUAAUUUAUUAUUCAGAUAAGUUGAGUAGAUGAGUUGAGUAGGUGAUUUGGCUAAAUUCAUCAAUAUUAUCGUGUUUCUUUAAAUUGUUUGGUAAUCCAAGUAGCUUUAACGAAUUUAUAAACCUUAAAAAUAUUUUCGUGUGUAAUUUUGCUAAAUACUUACAAUAAUUUACUUAAAAUUAGAUUUUUAAGCAUUUUUAUGUCGCGAAUUUGUAAUUUAUAGCUGGUAAUAGCAUGUGAAGUUAAUUUAAAUGUAAUAUGUUAAUUCCUAAAACAUAUUAUGUCUUUAAUAUAAUAUUACAAUAUGUAAGCAUGUGGAACGUAUUGUAUAUAAUACUAAACCUAAAUAUUUUCUUACCAAUUCUUUUAUUGUAAAUAGUUUUAUAGUUUUUAUAGAUUUUGAUAAACAGAUUUAUUCUACCAAAACAAACUCCUGCGUUUAAAUGUUUUGACCUCGUGUUCCAUUACUAAUUAAUUACAUUGCAACAUCGUGACUAAAUUCAAGAAUAAAAUAAAAUUAAUCAAAUUUACGAGAAAACAUCAGUGUUAACAUUCCGAUUCGAUGUAUAUUUGGAUUUUAAAAUAAAGGGCCGUUCACGUAAAUAUUUACGGGGAUUAUAAUUACGAUAUCACUUCUUGACAAUUUAUACCCUUCCGUAAAAAUUUUCACGAACAAUUAAUCUAAUAAUAAAGGCCUAAAGGGUCAUAAUUCAGAAACCCCUUCUUCGUCAGAAAUUACGUUAUAACGAAUGCACCCGGCCCUAAUAAAAUCAAUCCAACUUACCGAAACUAACAUUAACCAUGCACUUCUCAAUCUAGGGGGUCAAAGUUCUCAGCAAAAAUGGGCAAGCUCUUUAUAGUCCAUCCCGGCGGUAACCACAUCUACUGCUGCAAGGAGUGCAAAACGCCCAUAGCUGCAAAGAAGGACUUUAUUGACCGGUGUAAGACCCUUGUGGAUGGUCAAGGCUUCCUCUUUAGUGCCGGCUUUAAUGUCAAGGAAAGUCACGUGUCUGAACGAAUAAUGGCUGCGGUUGAGGAUGACACUAAUAUUGUCAGAUAUUUGUCCUGUAUUAAGUGUAAAGCUUACAUGGGAUGGAGGUACGAGUAUUGUGAGAACAAAGAGCACCAGUACAGAGAAGGAAACUAUCUUCUCUUCCCCAACAACCUCUGUCCCGGCAAGUAGAUGCCGCCCCACCAGUAGCUCUCACUCAACUACCAAUCUCUACGAUUAGUCACCAUCAUCUGAUCAUCUAGGUCACCCUUGUAUGUUAUGGAAGGACUUGUACACCUUUUGACGACGUGCUGGGAGAAGUGAAACUUACCCCUCGGAAGUGAAAAUAACCCCUCGCUCGGAAGUGAAACUUACUCCUCGAUUCUCUUUACCUGUCUCAGUUGCUCAGUUACAGGAGAAGUUGUUGACCUGUUUUGUGUAGGUCAACAGUUUUUUAAUCUAGGAUAACCAGCGGACUGUUAUAAUUCAUUCAAAUUAUCAUGUGACCCAGGAUACAUUUUGAUUUACAGCUCUGAAUUAAGUGUUAGAUUUAGUUAACAAUAGGAUAGUUAAAUUUAAUUAUUUACAUAGAUCAUCACUUUCAUGAAAUUCUCUAUUUUCACAACUGUAGUAAUCUUAAUCACCGCUAAAUAUUUUUAUUCAAAUGUCACAAUUCGUAUCGACUUGUUAAACUAUAUCGUUUUUAAAGUUAAAUUAAACUGACUCACUUUAAAAUAAUGUAUUUUUGUUUUAAUUUAUAGAUGAUGGUCUAGGUCUACAGAAUUUUUAGCAAGUGUUGACCUAAUUUCAUCGAUAUUUUAUUUAAGCUAAUUGAGUUCAUUUUAUUUAGAAGGAUAUUGUAAACUUUAUUUUUACAGCUGCAUACCAUUGCUUUUAAUAAGUAGUAACUUAUAUAUUAUUUAGCUCGGUUUACUAUAACCUCACUGCGUGUCGUUAAUAAGGUAGCAAAGCUGACCUGAAAAUUGAGAUCUUGGUGUAAUUUUUCUGACAAUCGAGGUAAACCACAUCUGACUGAAUGUUGUUCAUUUCCACAAUAUA